CUUCCCCACACUUCUGGCAGAAAAAUCUCCUCCCCAUUUCAUUCUCAGACCCAGAAGAAUGAAGGGAGAAAUUAGGGUUACCUUGCACGAUCAUUUCGCCAGUGGAAGAAGAGUCGGCUACAUCCUUUUUGGGGAUCGUCUUUCCAGGGGGGAGGCCUCAAUCUCCAGCUCAGAUUCCUGUUUCUACUCCACUGCGGCGGAUCGCGAGCCUCCUCCCUGUUGUUCCCAGUGCCCCAUUUUUGGCUCCAACCUUUGGCACCCAUCGCCUCACGCCUUGCAACCGGCAGAGAUCUCCCCGAUCCAAUCCUCGACCACUCCUCCUCCGAGGACGGGGGCUGGAUCGGCACCCACCUCCACCCACCACUGAAACUAGAUCUCACCGAGGAAGGGGAUGACCAGAUCGAGGCAAGUAAAGCGGCCAAGUGAGGGAGCGAAGGAGAGCCGAUUAGGUCAAGUUGCGGCACAGCGGUUUCCACCCUUGAUUUGGCUAGAGGCGAUGUGUCUUCAUCCUAUGCCCCAUCCCACAUCGAAUGGGCCUCCAAACCACCAUGGGACCGAUCUCCAUUAAACGGCUCAAAGGAAACAUCAACCCCAGGAACCCACCCCCGCCACAGCCUCAUUGCAACAAAAUCACAUGGCUAUCGGCAGCAACGGAGAAGCCCAAGGAGGAAGGCGGCCUAGGAGAGGGGGGGGGAGAAUAAGAACACCUCACCAGAGAGGACCAGAGGACGGAGGACGAGAGCCGACGAGUUCAAUCUGAAUGUCUGGCCUGCCACGGGAGGACUACUAAUGGGUGUUUGUCGCCGGCGAAGGGCCCGACGAAGACCAGGCGAAGGGGUCGACGAGGCUACCAAGACCGGGGCACCUGGCGUAGGAUGGCGGACCCUUUUUCAGCUCCUCCUAGAGCUGGCGACCUGCCUUCUGAUCCUGUCAUUCAACAAAUACUACGCCUUCGCCAUCCUCACCGCCGUCGUCGCCCUCCUCCAACCGAAGCUGCGGCAUGCGGCAGACAGACACGUGUUGCCAUCCUUCACACAGGACAUGAUCGGAGACGAUGAGGACAGUCCAUACCUGGGCCAUUUGCUGGACCUUUCACAAGGCAUCGCCAGUUCUGGCGGCCUCUUCACGGCGAUCGCCGGACGCUUCAUGGUAGGGCCAUUCAACACGGUUGGUUUCUUCUUCUUCUGUGCGAUAGCUCUCGGGCUGUAUCUGUCCAUGGUGGUGACGGUGGGAGCUGUGUCUCGUCCCCACGCCAAGUGUCUCGCCAUCGUCGUCGUGGUCCUCGUCGUGCUCACGCUUAUCGCCGCCUGCAUCCUAUUUGUUGGGCACUCGGGAAGCAAGCCGCAGGUUGUCACCUAGUAGAUCCAUAGAUCUUUAUCUACUUAAUUAUCCUUGGCAUUCUGUUUUUCUUUUAGUUUACUUGUAUGUAUCUGUCUAUCUGAGAAUGAUGUCCGAUGCAUGCUCCCGUUUGUUGCAUUUUUUUCACAAUGUGAUUUUAUUGGUUCAAAUAAACACAGCAGUGUAUCGUUUAGAAUACAAAUAACAUGGAAGUUUUCUGAACUCUCCUUUCA